AUGGGUAUACUUUGGUGGCGGAACGGGAAGAAGUCUCAGCCGGAAGAGAAGUCGCCGGUUGAGAAGGCCAACGGUGGCGCCGCCGCAGGAGUGCAGGUGCCAGGUAUGAACGGCGCUAUGGAGGUUAAACGUCCACCGAACACGAGCGUCACCGUUUUCGAGUUUGGUUCCGUCGCUGCUUCUAACGAUAAGGUCACACUCGCCGGCUAUUGCCCUGUCUCGGAAGACCUCGAGCCUUGCCGGUGGGAGAUCCUCCCCGCGAUUCAGUCCAACGCGCCGCAGUUUCGCGUCGUCUUCUGA